AUGAAUAAGUGUAAAAGUGAUAACUAAGUGAUAAUCAAUGUUUAAGUUUUUUAAGGUUUUAUGAUAGUUAGUAUGUCUGUAGUUAAUUAAAAGCUAUUUUCUGUUGUUGUUUUUAAUUCCUUUAAAGUUUAAGACUAAAAUUGUAACAUAGUUAAGCGUAUCUAAGUACUAAUUUUAAGUGUAACUUGUAUGCCCUAGUUUAAGGAUUAACGUUUUCAAUAAAAAACAGAUAUUGCUAUUGUUUUAAUUAUAAAGAUAGAAUACUAAGGUUGCAUAAUUAAAAUAGUCAGUACAAAUAAGGUUGUUAAGUACUAAGUUUUGUAUUUGUAAAUAAAUAUAAGUGAGAUGCCUAUCUUAUGCAACCUAGAAAAAACCCUAGAAAUAGAUUCAAAUAGUAAGUCUAGGGUAUUGGUACUUUGAAUUCUAGUUUCCCUUUUGGCCACGAGCGGCGCUAGUAGGAUGAUCGACAAAUUAAACCGAAUGUUAUCGAAACCUUACCUUAACGAGAGCCGUUUGAGUUUUUUAAAGUUUUCUAAUUAAAAAGGGAUGUUUUUAAGGGUGAAUUUUUUGUAUAAUAUAAGGGAAAUCGGGUUGCAUAGGAUAGGCAUAGCUGGAACGUUAUAAGUAUGCCAAAUCACCUAAAAACUGCCCAAGAAAGAUUCCCAUACAUAGGGCACGGGAACGCCCCUCGCUCCCAUUGGCUGUCGCAUCGGCCAUAUUGUGAACUACUUACCCGCGCUCUAGCGUAUAUAAUGAGGGCAUAUUUUGGUGAUCGGGCAGUCCGAAUCCAGCAGCGCUCCAGUUAACAAGAAGAAUAAAGGAAGAAUUAACCCUGAAUAGUGUUAUUGUCUGCACCCUGCCUUGUUGAAGAGCGUCCCCGCCAGCAGCCCUAUUCGGCACCACACCAAUUAUACAGUCCACACCCUUCAGCUGGUCCUUCGCGAGCCGGAUAGGGUGAAGAUCAAGAUGCCUUCGACAAGAUCAAGUUCUGCGCAGUCCAAGACCACCGGGGAAAGUUCUACGUCAACAGACUGGAGCAUGAAUACGCCAAGUGAAACCGCAAGUUCGUCGAUAGCAAGUAGAUCGACGCUUACAAAGAGAACGCCGUCGCCGCACAAACGAACGCCGUUACCUCAAGCAAAGGGUGUUGUUGGAAAGGAUUCAUCAGCGGGGGAAGGGAGCCGCCCCCCUCCGCCAUCAAGGAUAAGCGAAGAAUCGGAUCCCGUACAUGAAGUAGGAAGCCACCCCACGUCCCAGAACCCGGAGAGAAGCGUCGCAGUGAAGGCUCGUCCACAAGACUCAAGCAUUCCGCCGUCUAGUGUCAGCGCGUCAGUUGAAGGAAACCCGCAAGCUAAGAAGCCGACCCGCGAUAUAGACACGACGUCCAGCCGCUCGUCUCAAAGAAAGAAGGCAGAAGCACAAGCAAGGAUGGCGGUGGCACUACGGGAAUUAGAAGUAGCUGAGGCCCGCGCAAGGGUAGCUCGAGCUGAGCUGGACAUCGCCGUCGCCGAGUCCGACGAGGAAGAUGGAGCUGGUGAAGAGUUGUACGAGCAAACCCAUGAAGUGGAGAAUUGGUUCAUCGAGACCAGCGCCGGGCCCAGCAAGAAGAAGAGACCAACCGAUUCUAAAGAAGAAAGAAGCGAUAUCCACCAACUGGCUGAAGCAAUACGCAAGCUGUCUGAAAACUCACGUGACGUCACCGCGCCGAAGUACAUCGAACUCCCUCACUUCAACGGAUCCUGUGAAGAGUGGUUGGCAUUCAGAAGAUCAUUCGAAGAUACAGCCGCCUCAUUCAGCAACGCACAGAACUUAGCGCGCCUAAGAAGAGCUAUACAAGGGAAAGCGAAAGAAGCUGUUCAGAGCCUGCUAUUCACCGCUGAAAAUCCACGCGAAGUAAUUAAGGGAUUGGAGUCAAGAUUUGGAAGACCUGGAGCGCUAGCAUUAUCAGAGCUGGAGAAGCUGAAGAAUAUGUCAAGAGUGAGCGAAAACCCAAGUGAUAUCUGCGUGUUUGCAAGUCGCGUGAAGAACGCUAUAGAAACAAUCAAGGCGUUGAAGAAACCGCAGUACCUCAGCUCGCCUGAAACAUUGAAAGCCAUAGUGGAGAAGAUGCCGCCUUCUAUGAAGUUUCGCUGGUUUGCCUAUCACAGAAGCAGAAGAGAUGAAGACCUUCAAGAACUAUUACUUGUUGAAGCGUUCCUAGAAAUUGAAGCAGACAUGUGUGGGGACUUCGCUCCGCCUGAAGCGUUAUCAGAAUACAAGAAGGGUUUCAGAAGGCCGGUGAAUGUGACACAAGACACGUCGCAAGACAAAUAUAAGAAGUCGUGUCCAGCUUGUGAGGGUGAACACUAUGCAACAGAAUGCAAGAAGUUCAAAGAAGCGGAUAUAAAUGAGAAAUGGGACAUCGUCAAGAAAGCAAGAAUCUGUUUUAAGUGUUUACGAUUCAAGCACUCAAGAAUCAACUGCAAGGCGCCUGUGUGUAAGCAGUGUGGAAGAUGGCAUCAUACUCUCCUGCACUCGGACGAGCCGCCUGUACCAGUACAGAAAUCAAGUGACGAAAACAAAGGGAAACAAACAUAUGAAGAGAAGGUUUCUUCAGUAAACAGUACCAAGUCAGAAGAGAGAGCAUAUUUGAAGAUUGUUCCGGUGCAUCUCUACGGGCCUAAAGGACAAGUACGUGUACUGGCGUUACUGGAUGAAGGAUCAACUGUCACGCUCCUGGACGAGGCAAUAGCAGAGACGAUUGGAGCUGAAGGAAGUCGCGAAGCUCUGUCUAUUGAAACAGUGGGCGGAAGAGUUAUAAGGAAAGAUAGUUCUCAGAAGAUUCAACUGAAGAUAAGAGGAGCCCACAGAAGAGAUAAGAAGUCCAUCACAGUUAGAACAAUUGACGACUUGAGGCUGUGUGAACAAGGAAUCAGUAAGAGCACCGUAGAGAGCUGCCCGCAUCUGAAGGCAAUCGAAGAGCAGUUACUCUACACGGCAGAGCGGCCAAGGUUGUUGAUUGGGCAAGACAAUUGGGCACUUAUCGUCACAAGAAGAUUGAAGAAGGGCAAGCCAGCUGAACCCGUGGCCUCUCUCACUGACUUAGGGUGGGUGCUGCACGGCUGUGAAACUGGCACGAACACUGUAGUCAACUUCGUACAUUAUGGAAGAGCGACGACAGAAUCAGAAGACAUAGAAGAAGUAGUAAGGCAACAUUUCCAGCUAGAAUCACUGGGUAUCCAGAACCGACUGCCAUCAAACGACAGCGACAGAAGAGCCUUAGAAACUUUAGAAAAAACGACGAAACGUUUAGCAAGCGGGCAAUUCGAAACAGGCCUCUUGUGGAAGAAAGAAGACGAGCACCUGCCUAACAACUACAAGCAAGCCAUUCGUCGUCUAAUCAGCAUUGAAAGGAAGCUGGACAAAGAUAAGGAAGUCAAAGAGUAUUACGAGAAGCAAAUCCAGAGCAUGGUUGAAAAUGGAUACGCAGAGAAAGCGCCAGAGACGUCAACUGAAGGAAGAACUUUCUACUUGCCCCACUUCGCAGUUGUGCACCCUGUCAAGCGGAAGCCAAGAAUAGUGUUUGACGCGGCAGCCAAGUACGAAGGGAAAAGCCUCAACGACGCCUUGCUAGCAGGCCCGGAUCUACUUCAAUCACUGUUUGGAGUGCUGCUACGCUUCAGAGAAGGCCCAGUGGCUGUCAUGGCCGACAUCCAAGACAUGUUUCUUCGAGUCAAAGUGAGGGAAGGCGACCGAGACAGUCUAAGGUUCCUGUGGCGAGGAAGCCGAAGAACAAGCAAACCCGACGAGUACAGAAUGUCGUCGAUUAUAUUCGGGGCAGCGUCAUCGCCCGCAACUGCGAUAUAUGUGAUGAAAAACGCGGAAGACUUCAAGGCAACUCACCCAGAAGCUGUGAAAGCUAUAAGCAGGAAUCACUAUAUGGAUGAUUACCUACAGAGCUUCGCGUCGAUUGAAGAAGCUAAGAAGAUAUCAAGAGAAGUUAAAGAGAUACAUUCUCGAGCGAGUUUUCACUUAAAAGGCUGGGCGAGCAACGACAUAAGGGUAUUAUCAGAAAUUGAAGACACGAACAAAGGAGAAUCACUGCUGCUUACAAAGGAAGAAAAAACUCUGGGACUGAGGUGGCUUGUGAAAGAAGAUAAGUUGGCGUUCAACGUUGGUCUGCGCAACACACCGAAGGAAUUAUUAGAAAAUACAAGAGCGCCUACGAAGCGUGAAGUCACAAGUGCCGUGAUGUCAACAUUCGAUCCGCUAGGCUUCGCGGCGCCUGUGCUAAUACAAGGAAAGAAAUUAAUUCAAGACAUAUGGAGAACGAAGGUUGACUGGGACGAGAAGAUUAACGAAAAACAAAGAAAAAUGUGGUCAAGGUACUUAGAAGAGGUGCUGGCAUUAACAGAACUUCAGAUACCGAGAUGUAUCUCGCCACGCUGCGGUGAAGGGCAGCUACACACGUUCACGGACGCUAGCGAAGAGGCUUACGCGGCGGUUGCUUACUGGAGGACAGUUGAACCCUGCGGGAAAGUGCACGUCUCCAUGGUCGCAGGCAAAGCAAGAGUAUCGCCGACAAAACCAGUGUCGAUUCCACGAUUAGAGUUGCAAGCCGCCCUGCUUGGCAGUAGACUAGCAGCUAGUAUCGAGGAAGAAAUGAGCCUGCAAGUAUCAAGAAAAUUCUACUGGACUGACUCUAGCACCGUGUUACUGUGGAUCAAGGCGGAGCCAAGGAAAUUUAAAACCUUCGUGGCUAACCGGCUCGCAGAAAUCGAAGAAAACACUAAGCCGGAGGACUGGAGAUGGGUGCCCACUAAAGAGAACCCGGCGGACGACGCUACAAGGGGAACGCCGGCCGAGUUCAGUCACAAAUCAAGAUGGUUCCAAGGCCCCGCGUUUCUUCGACAAACAGAACAAGAGUGGCCUCUACACGAUUUCAAGUCUGCGGGCAAAUUACCGGAGGAAAAAAGCAAGGAGCAAGUGGUGGCUGCAGCAACAGAAGGGAAGGCCUUAAUUGAUUUACAAAGGUUUUCAAGCUGGGAGCGACUACUGCGCGUCACGGCCAGAGUGGUCACCUUCGCAUACCUCUUAUUGAAGAAGACCCGUAAAGCAGCCACUACUGCCGUGCGCAAAGAAGACGAGCCUUGGCGACCGCAGAGAAGAGCACAGAAGGACAAGAAGCGAACCCCCAAUCAACCAGCCAUCACCAAGUCUAAGAAACCUCUACACGCACCUAUAGAGCAACAACACAUAAGGAAGGCCGAAGAGAUUCUAAUAAGGAUAAGUCAAGUCGAUAGUUUUGCAACAGAAAUAAGAAGUUUGAAAAAAGAAAAACCCCUCGAAAAUGCAAGUAAACUUAAGAAAAUCGACGUGUACAUCGAUGAUGACGAUAUCAUUAAGUUAAGAAGCAGGACGAUGAAGUUUCGCGGCGAAGAACGAAGGAAAAUGAACCCUAUUAUAUUAGACGGAAAACACAGAAUUGCGCAGCUCAUCAUUCAACAUUAUCAUAAGAAGUUUCUUCACGGCAACACUGCUACAGUCAUGAACGAAGUGCGACAAAAGUAUUGGAUCUUCGGUUUAAGGGCCGCAGUAAAGGCAGUGUCACAUGGCUGCCAGUGGUGCAGAACAAGGAAGAGUGUCCCCGCGAUACCUCCGACGGGCGACCUACCGAGCGAGCGACUACAACACCAUCAGUUCCCGUUCACUUGCACUGCAGUCGAUUACUUCGGGCCCAUGCAAGUCACCGUUGGCAGAAGGGUUGAGAAGCGGUGGGGGGCAUUGUUUACAUGCCUUACCACGCGAGCCGUUCACCUGGAGCUGGCCCCCUCUCUAAGUGCCAGCUCUAUGAUAAUGGCGUUGCGACGGAUGACCGCGAGAAGAGGAACGCCGAGUACGAUUUUUAGUGACAACGGUACUAACUUCGUUGGCGCGAACAAAGAGCUAGAGGCGGCCGCACAAGAAAAAGGAAUCAAGUGGAAAUUUAUCCCCCCCGGCAGCCCAAACAUGGGGGGCGCCUGGGAGAGACUCGUGCGGUCAGUGAAGACGGCCCUGGCUGUAGUACUCAAUGAAAGAAGCCCGCCUGAAGAAGUGCUUCACACAUUAAUAACAGAAGUCGAACACAUCGUCAACUCAAGACCCCUCACCCCCGUCAGUAUGGAUCCCGACGACGAAGAGAGUCUGACCCCCAACCAUUUCCUGCUUGGAAGAUCGUGCGGAGCGAUGGCGCCGGGAGAAUUCGACGACACAGACUUAAUCGGGAAGGCAAACUGGAAAACAGCGCAGAGGCUCGCCGACCAUUUCUGGCAGCGGUGGGUGAAAGAGUACCUGCCCCUCAUCAUGCCACGACGGAUAGAGGGUCGCGCCACUAACGACCCUCGAGAAGGCGACAUCGUGCUCAUAGUCGACUCCACGUUACCUCGCAAUACGUGGCCCCGCGGUGAAGUCAUUAAAACCUACCCCGGGCCAGACGGCAGAACCCGAGUGAUGGACGUAAGGACUACGGGAGGAGUGCUGCGCCGGCCAACGCGUAGAAUCAUCGUCCUGGUUCCCGCCGCAUCGUCGCGCUCCGAGGAUGGCGUGCUACGCACCGUGGGGGAGAAUGUCGGCGACGAUGAAUAAGUGUAAAAGUGAUAACUAAGUGAUAAUCAAUGUUUAAGUUUUUUAAGGUUUUAUGAUAGUUAGUAUGUCUGUAGUUAAUUAAAAGCUAUUUUCUGUUGUUGUUUUUAAUUCCUUUAAAGUUUAAGACUAAAAUUGUAACAUAGUUAAGCGUAUCUAAGUACUAAUUUUAAGUGUAACUUGUAUGCCCUAGUUUAAGGAUUAACGUUUUCAAUAAAAAACAGAUAUUGCUAUUGUUUUAAUUAUAAAGAUAGAAUACUAAGGUUGCAUAAUUAAAAUAGUCAGUACAAAUAAGGUUGUUAAGUACUAAGUUUUGUAUUUGUAAAUAAAUAUAAGUGAGAUGCCUAUCUUAUGCAACCUAGAAAAAACCCUAGAAAUAGAUUCAAAUAGUAAGUCUAGGGUAUUGGUACUUUGAAUUCUAGUUUCCCUUUUGGCCACGAGCGGCGCUAGUAGGAUGAUCGACAAAUUAAACCGAAUGUUAUCGAAACCUUACCUUAACGAGAGCCGUUUGAGUUUUUUAAAGUUUUCUAAUUAAAAAGGGAUGUUUUUAAGGGUGAAUUUUUUGUAUAAUAUAAGGGAAAUCGGGUUGCAUAGGAUAGGCAUAGCUGGAACGUUAUAAGUAUGCCAAAUCACCUAAAAACUGCCCAAGAAAGAUUCCCAUACAUAGGGCACGGGAACGCCCCUCGCUCCCAUUGGCUGUCGCAUCGGCCAUAUUGUGAACUACUUACCCGCGCUCUAGCGUAUAUAAUGAGGGCAUAUUUUGGUGAUCGGGCAGUCCGAAUCCAGCAGCGCUCCAGUUAACAAGAAGAAUAAAGGAAGAAUUAACCCUGAA